UGUGCGAGGGCCGCGCUCCCUCGAGCCGAGCCGGCCGCCGCGCGCGCACUCGCGUUCACGUCUCCGCGUAAAAAUAAAGUCCACGCCGCGCUCGCGCACUUCAACCCAUUUAUAAUUAUCAGUAAAUCGCUGCACGAGCGCUUGACUGCCGCGGCCGGCGACCGCUCGCUGAAAAGAAAAUCACAAUCCCAACCACGAACUUAGCCCUCGCUCUCCCCGUCCCCCUGGCCCUUUACGCGACUCGCAAAUCGUACCGGCCCUAGUCCUACCGGCGUCCCGGCCGACAGCCCCGAGACUGUCGCUCCUACGCAAUACACACCGGUGACGGAACCGAAAACGCGCUCCAUUGGACAACGUGUGUGCUCUGUGAUUACGAUUAUGUUGUGUCAGUGAUAACAGUGUGACGGUUGUUAUAUAAACAUGCCCGAAAAGUCUAAACGUCGGAAAAACAAUAAAAAUAAACGGAAAAAUAAAAACAAUCGACCUGAUAACAAUAAGAAUGCGAACAGUGAUGUGAAGGAUCUCGCUUCGGUUGAGUCGGGUAGUGUUCAAAGUUUAGAAUGCCUGGACAACAAUGAAGUGACUAAUUUACAGGCGGAAAAUGUUGCUGAAGUCGUGCAACCGUGCACGGGUGACUUAAUUAGUGAUGCAGAAAAUAGUAUUCAAAAUGAAUGCAGUUCGCAGACGUGUCAACAAGAUCUUAAUAAUAAUAGUGAAACUUCAGAAGUAUCCUGUGAUCCGGUGAUAAUUGCAGAUUCUGAGACGCAGGAUUCUGAAACAUAUAUUGUAGAAUCUCCAGAACAGACAGUGAAAAGUAAGCCUAAGACUAAACUGAGUAAUAAAAUAAAAAGCAAAAGCUUAGAUAAUGACGAUGAUACAAAAAUUGAAGAAAUAACAGAUGAUGGUGGCGAUCAAUGUGAAAAUGAUAAUAGUAUGACAGUAAUAGACAGUAAUGUCUUAGUUUCUGAUGUAGAAUCAGACGUAGAAUGGGAAAAAAUAGAUGAAGAUGAAACCACUCAGCCCGAAGAACAUGCAACAGGAACAUUGUCUAUUACUACUAUUCCUCUAAACGUCGCACUAUGUGAACAAGCUAAAUCACUUACUCCUGACGAGGAAACUUUAAGACAUUACUUAAAAACAUUAAACCUAUCGACACAUCCUAAUGUUAAUGCAAUCGAAAUCAAAACAGAAAUUGAACAAAUAAUAAAUCGUGAAAUAAGACACCGACUUCGCAAAAAAGGUCUUGCUGAUGAUUUUAUUCCUUCAAGGUUGGGUCCCCCAAGGAUUUUAGAUGUGAUCGAUGAAGAAGGUAGUAGCGAAUCAUCUUUAACAUCGCGUAGACAGUCAUAUCUUAGCGAUAAAAAGAGUGACAAUGAAGAAUUAGAAGAUGAUGUUUUUGAAGAUCCGUCAAAGGUUACAAAAAAGCAAUCUUCAAAGUCCACAUCUACUAUUGGGCGAAGCCAUAAAAUGAUAGGUCAAUUAGUACCUCAAGAAUGUUUCUUAGUUGGAGCUAAGUUAAAGGAAUCUGAAGUUGCAGAAGCUCGAGGUGACUGGACUAUGCAAACUGUUGAGAAAAUGAAAGGGGCUGAGGUUGUUUAUUUAACAGAUUCAUCUAGCAGUACCAGCUCAGUCCACGAACUAUGCGAUGAAAUUGACAAUGGCGAGGAUACUGACGUUUCAGUCCGAAUGAUAACUCCGACUAUAGAAGUAACUGAUACAGACAAAUUACUGAAAAAUACUUUUAUCACUGAAAACGAUAAAAAUAUUGAUUUGCAACUGGAAAAAGACAAAAAUAUAGAAAUUUUGACGAAUAGUGAAGAAAAUGAUCUGAAUAAUAGUGACAAAGCAAAUGAUCAUGAAAUAAUAGUUUCAUCAAUUGAUGAUAUUAAAACAAAUUUGUAUGUCAAAGAUAUUGAUGAACAUUGUCAAGAUAGCCUUACAGAUACUACAAACAAGAAAGUAGACUUACAAACGAGUGAUAAAUCAAAAUCAGACGAAGACUACAAUCUUCAAAUGAAAGUACUCAAAUGCGAAUUGAAUGAUGCUAUCAAUAAUUUGAUAAAAGAAGUUUCUAGUGACUCUGAGACUAAUGAAAAUCCUAAAGACAAUUUUGUGCGUCAAGAUUCUUCUAGUAGUGUUGGCUCCUCUUCCCAAUGCACGGCAAAAUAUAAUCCAACCCACUCCUCCUUGAAUGAUGUUUCUAACAUGGUGCAUGAUGAGAUGAGCUCAGGUCCCAAAUUAUCUAGAAAUAAUUCUCAAGAAAAUAGCGCAAGUCAUGUAAAAGAUGUAUUUGAAUGUGUUACAGGGGCACCUGCACAAAAUAACAACGAAAGCGAUCUCAAAACCAUUCAGCCUUCAGCUUUACGAGAUAUUUGUGUCAGAAGAAUUGCUUCUUUGCCAUAUGGAGAAAAAAUACUAGAAGAAUUAGCAUCUGUAUCAGAACGCUUGCAAAGUAUUAAUAGUUUUGGCAUUAAAACUGUUAACAAUAAGGAAUUAGUAUCUACUGAAGAAAAUCAAACUAAGAACAUGCCUUAUUUUCCUUUGCCAGAUGUAUCGGUGAUUGAAAAAGUAUCUUUGCCAAUUCAUCAGAAGAAACCUCAGCCACCUCCUGUACAACCCAGAAAUUCUUCUUUAAAGAAAUCUCAAGAUGAUAAUCACUGGACUGGUGUGCCAACUGAGGUCGAACCAGUUUAUGUAUGCUUUUCUCCAUCACAAAAAAUGCUUAUGGAAAAAACAAACACUGUUAUUACUAAAGAAGAUGCAUCACAACUUGUUGAUAUGCACAAAAAAUAUGUUGAUCGCAGGGGUUAUAACGAACCUAACCACACUAAGAAACAUAAUGUUGAAGAACUCCAAGAUCCACCAAUAGUUCCUUUCAAGUCUCAGACUGGUAGUCGUUUGCUAGCACUAAUACGAGACCCAACAGUCACCUCCAAUGUAAAUUCAAAUGUUAACAGUCGUUACCAAAGCAGUUAUGAGAAUAUCAGGAAAACUUUUAGCAAUUAUGAAAGGAAAAAUGAAAACAACUUUUCUUCUAAUUUUAAACCUAUUCCACCACCAAGACCAAAGAAAUAUUCAUCAUCUUUUUACGAAAGUGACGAAAGUUCAGACUUCACAGACAACUCUAUGCGUUCGAUUAGAAGCGAAAAAAAGUCGUUCCAUUACUCAACGGGAAAUCUGAGUAAAGAUAUAGAAAAUGAUAUAUCGUCGAUACAAAACAUGCACCGAUAUUAUACUCAUACUCGUGAUAGUUUGAGUGAUCUUAAUCGUCCUAGACGACCCUCUUUACCCAAAGAUCUCUGUGAUCAACAAAUGGAGUAUAUUCGUCGAAAAGAGAAGGAAGUAGAAGCUGAAAUCAAACGCUUAGAACAGGAAAAAAUCCAUAUGGCUGCAAGCAAAAAAGGUCCCAGAGCUCCGUUAAUAGCCGAAAAACCUGCGCCAGAAAGAAAUAUCCUAAUGGAUGAUCAUCAUUUUGCGCAGAAAAAAGAUGUAUCUUUAUCCCAAUCCUCUGAAAAACUAAAUAGGAGUAAAUUAUCAUCAGUUUUUAGCAGCAGUCAAGAGGAACUCUUGCGUGACAAAAUGUAUUCCGAGUACGUAACUCAAAUGGCAGAAAGACAAGAAAGAAAACAACAUAAAAUUAUCAAAAUUACCAACCCGACUCCAUCAUUAAAUAGUAGUAAUAGAACAGUGUCUAAAAGUUUAUCAGCUCUUGAAAUACUUGAUUCUAAAGUAAAUAAUCGUAUUGAAAAGGAGUUUAUAUCAAAAGCCAGAGAAAGAUGGAAUAAGCUUGGUAUAGCAGAUCCCGAAACUGAAGACGAAAGAGAUAAUAAGGAUGUGUAUAGGGAACCAAAAGUGAUAGAACAUAAGAUCAAAGUGAUUGAGGGUGGUGAGGAGACUGAUGUUAAAAAGUUGCCUUCACAUUUGCAAGAGUUUGUGACUUUUACAGCGAAACAAAAAGAACAAGGGGCUGCCAGUUCUGGUGAGUCAGGCUCCGGGUCUGCAUCUCCGCACGUUGUGAUUUGGUGUGCAGUGAUAAUUUUAGUUUUAGCUGUUGGAAAAUACUUUAUGCGCCUAUUGAGAAAUAAGUGAACUAACUUUAUUAUCCUUGACUGUAUUUCUGGCAUAAAACUCUGUGUUUGCGUAGUUUGUUUGUGAUUGUUUGCAUGAAUGUGUUUCAAUAUCUACCAUUUUUCCUUCUACCCAGUUAUCGACAGAACAUUGAUGAUAUCUCCAAAUUAAUAAGGUAAGUUUCAUUGCCAGAUGUGCAUUAUUAUUUUCCAUUUAGUAAAUGGAAUCGUUUGAUGAAUCAGUGUUAGUGUAAUAAUAAUAUAUAAAUAUCUGACGUUGUAUUCAGGCGUCCAUUACGAUCGAAUUUGAUG